AUGAACCAGAUGAAUGCACAGCAGCUGGCGAUGUACCAGCAAAUGAUGCAACAGGCAGCACCUCCUGCUGGCGGAAUGCAGCAGAUGCGUCCACAAUUGAAUCAGCAGCAAAUGAUGAUGGUCUUGCAACAGCAACAGCAGGCGCAGGCACAGGCACAAGCGAUUCAACAGCAGCAGCAAGCUCAGCAUCAGGCCGCGAAUAUCCAAGCACAGCGCCAGCGGAUGAUGCUCCUCCAGCAACAGCAACAGCAACAACAGCAGCAGCAACAAGCCCAGGCUGCCUCACAGCAGCAAGCGCAAGCACUAGCACAGCAGAGACUCCAGGCAGCAAACCGUCUCGAUAGGCCGUCGUUGGUUGAGUCAAAUGACAGCUACGAGCAGAUAGACAGCUUUUCCCAUAGAGACCUUGCAAUUUCAAGAUUUAGAUUGAACCACGAUUUGCUCGCUGACGUCUUUUCUCCGUAUCAUAUCAAACAGUACACGCCCCCUGAACCACACUAUGGAAACGAAGACAUCCCACGCUUACAGGAAAAACUCGCUGAGCUCGAGAAGGAAACGUCCCAGAUUCCUGAGAAACACGACACACAGGUACGGGAUUGGCACAGCUCUUUCGAGAAGUUGCAAACUGCUUCAUCUUAA